UAUUUUCAUUUCGGCUUCACCGACGGCUUGAAAAAUAUUGAAUUUGUUGGUGGUUCUGAAUUUUUGUGCAGAAAAGAUACGUUAGAUUUAGAAAGAUUGAUUUUUAACAUUAGAUUGGGUUUUUCAUUGGUAUAUUGCGAGUUACCUAAUGUGAAAAAAACAUCGUGUGGCUAUUCGUCAUCACAAGAUGUCAGGAUUUCUGGACAACUGUCACUGUCGCUGUGAUUGUAUAGAGCUCGGAGAACGUAGGAAUGCGGUCGUCUCCAUCAUCUCAGGCAUUCUUUUCUUCACUGGAUGGUGGAUAGUUAUAGAUGCUGCAGCCAACUACCCUGAUGAGAAGGACUUCAACCAUGCCUUUCACACGUGUGGUGUGUUUGGGACGCUAGCGUUUUUCUUUAUAAAUUCUGUGUCCAAUGGUCAGAUAAGAGGAGAAAGCUACACGGACGGCUGCCUGGGUCAGACUGCGGCGCGGGUGUGGCUUUUUAUUGGAUUCCUGAUGGGGUUCGGGGCCCUCAUCGCAGCGUCCUGGAUCCUGUUUGGGUUCUACGUGGUCAAUAACCCAGGAAUCCCAGACUGGCCUGGAGUAGCUGUAUUUUUACAGAAUGCCCUCAUUUUCUUCAGUUCUUUGAUCUUCAAAUUUGGAAGAACUGAGGAUCUCUGGGGAUGAGAAUAUUUUAUACUGUACAGAGGUCUGGACAAGGGGACACAGAACAACUCUGUAUUACAGCACGGGGAAGAUACUUAGCCCAGUAGAAACUAGUGUGUAUGUGGUGAUUGUGUGAAAACCAGUAGUGGUGCCAAAAAUAUCUUGCAUGUUUUCUAUAUCAUUGUGUUAUUUGCCAUUUUUAUAUGUUGACUCUUUCUUAAUUUACACUGUUACAUGUGGCAGUAACUAUUAUGUUUCAUUACUGAAAAAUAUGUAAUAAACAUUGAUGAUCAACUCUGUUGUGAAUUAAACACUCUCAUAUCUCAUAUAAUACAUGUAAAUGUAAACAAAGUACUGAUUCAUUGAUGAUGCAAGGCAAACAUUUGUGCAAUAUUGUUUAAUGAUAAUAAGUUAAAACUUAGCAGAAAAAAAGUCAUGUUAAUAAUUAAGAUUUUGUAUAACAUUUAAAGUGUAUAUUCAAGUCUUACAAUGUACCAGUUCUGCAAAAAGGGAUCAGUAAUGAUAAAAUAUGUAGUGCACUAGAAGAAUUAUUUCAGUAAGUCUGUGGAUUUCUUUGGUCUUCCUUAUCCACAAUUUUACUUUCCCAUGACCAAUUAAUUUGUCAGCAUAUUAAUUGAAUCUUCUGGAUAUUUGAGAAACCCACAGAAUUACAAGGAUCAGUUUCAACUUUUCAUAAAUGUUAUAUUAAUGUUUUUCCCCAAAACUUUAAUUAAAUUUUUGUUUCACUGUAUUCUAAUACAUAAAUGUAUUGUAUACUAUUUGGUUUGCUUAGAUGCCACUGGCACACACAAGAAGCUUAAAAGUUUGAUAUUUUUUUUUUACUUUUGAAUCUCAGUGUCUGAGAGAAUGGGGAUAUGAUUUGAUUGAGUUAUAACAUUUGAUUACUACAUGUAUGAUAGUCAUUGUUAAUGAUAUUUCUUUGAAAUGGAGACCAUGCCCUAUCUACUAUUUAAAUUGCCAAAUUUAGGCUUUUGUUGAUUCUAUUUGUUAUGCAUACAAUGAGUUAUGAUUCAACUUACUGUGUUGGUUAAUUUUGUAAACAAUCAUCGCCUAUCAUCAUGGAUUUUUUUUUUUAACAAUGUGUAGUAAAGUGUAAGUUAAA